CACAGAAUUAAUACAUCUUUUGGGUAUCGUAACUACUGAAUUAAUAGAUAUUCUCGUAAACACAGCCGGAUUUGUUUUACGUGAACGUAUACAGUGGCCUGCUGUUCAGAGAAAUUUGCUGUACCGGAUAAAUCUGUCUCUCUUACUCUGUAAAUUAGAUGACGAGAAAGGGGGCGUGUUCCACGAUAUGCAAUGGAGUAGACCAAAUUAAACAGGGAGGGAGGGCAAAACACUCACAUGCAAACAAAACACACUCCUUGUCUGCCGCACCCUUGCGAUCGACUCACUCAUCCAUUUGCGUAAAAACAGAGAUGUGAUAUUAUGAUUUUCGUCAUUUAAAAGGGAAAAAAGCUGCAGUGCUCCAGAUGGCCAGUCCGCCCCUGCUGCCACUCUGAGAGGCUCUUUUUAUACCCAAUCAUGUUGCCAGUUGACCUAAUAAGUUGCAAAUUGGUCCUCCUGCUGUUCCUUAUAUGUACAUCUAACUUUUCCAGCCUCUUAUUGCUACCUGUCCCAACUUUUUUGGAAUUUGUAGCUCUCAUGAAAUCCAAAAUGUCUCACUUUCAACAUUUGAUAUAUUAUCUAUAAUCUAUUGUGAAUAAAAUAUGUUUAUGAGAUUUGUAAAAAAUUCCAUUCAUUUUUUUACUCACAAGUAAUAAAUAUUCCAUUACUUUUUUACUCUAUCAAAGGAUAGUGUCCCAACGUUUUUGGAAUCGGGUUUGUAUAUAUAUUACAAAAAAUGUAUAUAUAAAAAAGUAGGCACAGUAGACUUUGGCAGUAUUCUAAUAUUGUAGCAGCUGAAGAUGAUGUUCAAGCACCUGUAAGGUUGUACAUGCGCUAGAACUAAUAUUUGCAGCAAGCUUUCCAUCAUUUUGAUUGGGACUUGAAAUUUCACAUCAUUAUUCUGUCCGCCUGCAAAUGGAAUUAGUUGAUGAGAUACAGAUGUGACUGUGAAUAAUAUUGUCUAUUCAGAAGACGUAUGAGUGGACAUGAGACCCCCAGAGAUGCAUACUGAAGAUCAGGGGUGUGUGUGUGUGUGUGUGGAGGAGUGCAGACCAGAUGGUCACAGGCUUCUUCAUACUCAAAUGAGACUGUGUUCUGUUUGCUCAUAUUGGUUUCUCCUCAUGGCCUGGCUGAUCUACACCUCUCUGGAGCUGCUCAUCGCCGUGGCAUGCUGCCUGGGGAACGUGCUGGUGGUUUGGGCCGUGUGUUUGAGGCGGACCUUCCGUCAGCCUACCUUCUGUUUCGUGGUGUCUCUGGCCGUGGCUGAUUUCCUGGUGGGGGCGGUGGCAGUGCCCCUGGCUGUGCUGGUGGAUGGGUGGGUGGAGAUCCCGUUCCAGGCCUGUCUGGCGGUCAGCUGUGUGGUGCUGGUGUUGACCCAAGCGUCUGUGCUGUCUCUCCUGGCUAUUGCUGUGGACCGAUACCUACGGGUCUCAAUACCUCUCAGGUAUAAGGAGAUCGCCUCUGAGCAGCGCUCCUGGACGGCAGUGGUCCUGUGUUGGUUGAUAUCUUGUCUGCUGGGUUUCACCCCUCUCUUUGGUUGGCAUAAUGGCGAUUCCCAGUCCUCCCUGCUCCUUAACUCUUCUCAUAUCAACUGCACCUUCUUAGCAGUCAUCUCUCUGCCCUAUAUGGUCUACUUCAACUACCUGGGCUGCAUCCUACUCCCUUUAGCAGCCAUGACUCUUCUUUAUGCUCUGGUCUUCUACAGUCUGCGCAAACGCCUCCGGAGGGAAGACCAGACUAAACUACGGGCUUUUCUAAUCAAGGAGAAGAGGCUGGCACGUUCUCUGGCUCUGGUUCUCUUGCUGUUUGCAGCAUGUUGGAUGCCUCUGCAUCUCAUGAACUGUGUAUUGCUCUCAACGGGUCCUCAAGGCGUCCCCCAGACCGCUUUCUAUGUAGGGAUACUCCUCUCUCACGCCAACUCAGCGGUGAACCCUGUGGUCUACGCCCUCCGCAUCACAAAGAUCAGGGAGGCUUACCUUGAGAUCUGGAGACGCUAUGUACUGUGCUGGAGAGGACAACGAGACUUCUCAAGCUCCUCAUGGAGAUCCCAGCCUGGAGAACCGAAUACUGGCCAUCAAAUGACAUUUCCCUCCAACACAGGCACAUGACUAGGGCAGAUAGACUACAGUCGUGAUUGCACUGUAUGAUACUAUUCUGAGUAGAUCUUUGAGUGAUAGUUUAUUGGAGAUUUGCUACAAUAUCACCGAAAAGCAUCAGUCUUCAGAAGCUGUGAAGCUGCAUGAC